AUGUCGGAGCCAAGGAAGAAUCAUCUCGCAAUCGAUGGCGGUCAAGGACGGGACGAUGAACAUGUCGUUGCUUCUUACAAGCCGAUUCCCGAAUCUGAUACAGACUUUCGAACAUCGAAGUCGAGCAUAUCCAAGUCCAAGGAGAAGGUGCCCGCUGAAGAGGAAAAACUCCUGGACAAAGAGGAAGAGGCCAAGAUAACGACGCGCGUGGACAUGGCGGAUGCUAAGUACGUCGUCGAGGACCAUAGGAAUGGGGACGCUAAGAUAGAGCUCGACGCGAACAAACGGCAGUUCUCGGGGCUCACGAAGGAGGAGCUGCUGAGGUACGCGGACGACCCGUUCUGGGUGCGUCUGCGCUGGUUUAUGUUCAUCCUGUUCUGGGCCCUGUGGCUGUGCAUGCUCGCCGGGGCGGUCGCCAUCAUAGUGCGCGCCCCCAAGUGCCCCCCGCCGCCCCCCAAGACCUGGUUCCAGAAAGGCCCCCUAGUGGACAUGACCUCGGCGGAGAGCUUCGACAGCCUGGGGGCGGAACUGCCCCUGAUGCAGAAGUACCAGGUCCAGGGCAUCUUCACCAACGUGUGCAAGGACACCUACGAGGUGUUGGAGGACACUAAUUGCCUGCAGCAGUUCAAGAACUUCGUAAAAAAGGCCAAGAGUUACAGCAUCAAGGUGAUCGUCGACCUGACGGCCAACUUCGUGCCGAAGAGCCACUCGUGGUUCGCGCUCAGCGAGAACCGCUCCGCCGGCUACGAGGACUACUUCAUCUGGGGCAAGGGUUCGGACUACUCCGAGGACGGGAAGCCGACUCUGCCCAACAAUUGGGUCUCCAAGCUUGAUAGCCCCGCGUGGUCCUACAGUGAGAGGCGGCAGGAGUACUACCUGCACCAGUUCGCAGAAGACCAGCCCGAUCUGAACUUCACCAACCCCGAGGUCGUGAGGCAGUUCGACAGGGUCCUCAAGCUGUGGAUGGAAGCGGGCGCUGACGGGAUCAGGUUGCACAAGGCGCGCUACCUGCUGGUGAACUCGUCGCUGGCCGAGGAGAUCCCGCUGAUGGGCAGCGGCGCGGCGAGGGGCAGCACCCACUCGGAGUACGCCUUCUGGAGGCACCGGCACACCGCCGACCAGCCGGCGCUGGCGCCGCUGCUCGCGCACUGGGCCCACCUCGUCGAGCACACGCCGCCCGCCACCGGCAGCGGUGAGACGGUGUUCACGCUAGCCGAAGAACAACGCCCGGAGCUGUUCCUUAUCGGGCGCAAUGUGACCGAGUUGAGGCCUCCUUCCGCCGCCCCUCUGCCCCUGGACGCUGUCGACGACAUGGUCUCCGGAUUGAGAGCGCUGCUGCCCCACUGGCCCGCCCUACAGCUGGUGGAGGAAGAGGGCGAGCUGACGCCUUUCGCUGCAGUGCUGCCCGCCGCGCCGGUGCUCCUCCCCGAACAGCUGGUGGGCGGAGAUAACGGCACACAAAGCAAGAGCGCUGGUCUACUGUGGCUCCUGCGUCAAGACUCCAGCAUCGAGCACGGCCAGUACACUUUGGCUGCCGUGCCAGCCCGUAAUUCCACCGACAAGCUUAUCGCAUGCGCCAGAUGGAAGGAUGGCCACACGGGUUACGUGGCGGUGUACAACCCUCACUUGUCAGCAUUGCACGCCAAUCUGACAGGCUUGUCGUCAGUACCAGAAUCCGUGUCGGUGCACUACGCCACGGAGGCCGUCAAGCUCUACACAAAUUACACGCACAACAUGCCGGUGGACAGCGAUGAUGUGCUAGUGCCGCCGAAGUCGUCCGUGCUGCUUUCUUACGUGCCGAAGGCCACGGUCGAGAAC